CAGUUUUCUCGAACGGUGUUGUGCGGUCAGCGCGUUGGUGGGUGCGAGAACAGGUGUGACCUCACACAUUAUUGCGAUCCGCAGCGUCAAGACGCCGUUGCUUGUCGUAUGCCUGCGAAAGUAGUGACCGGGGCCGAUUCCUUACAAACAAACAUCCGUUCGGUUGGCAGACGCAGCAGGAGCAACGACGGAAAGCAACAACUCCACAAACGGGAGGUACGCAAAGAAGUCGGAUCGCGAGGCUGGCCGCGCUUUAACCCCUCAAUUACCUGUCCUGUCCUGUACUUUGUACCGUAGGAGGUCGUCUUCGGCACAAAAUGGUUGCUGCUGAGCAGCCACACACGACGCCGCUCUCGGCAGGCGAGUUCUCGAAGCGGCCGUUCGACUUCGUCGUCGUUGGCGGUGGCACGGCCGGCCUAGCCGUCGCCAGCCGCUUGGCUGCUGCGGAACCCUCACUCAGCGUUGCCGUCCUCGAGGCCGGCGGCGUCUCGCAUGGCGAGGACGACAUCGACAUCCCGGCCUUUUAUGGCCGCGCUCUCGGUGGUCGCCAUGACUGGCGCUUCGAAACGGAGCCGCAAGUCGGUCUCGGCGGGAGGACGCUGCCGUGGCCCCGGGGCAAAGUUCUCGGCGGUACCAGCGCACUCAAUUUCAUGACGUGGAACCGCGCGAGCAGAGACGACUACGAUGCAUGGGAGGCUUUGGGCAACGCCGGAUGGGGAUGGAAUGGCCUGCUGCCGUUCUUCAAAAAAUCAGAGACUUUUCAUGCUCCGAGCAAAAAACUCGAGCAAGAGUACGACGUCACCCACGAUAUCAGCUCUUUCGGCACCUCGGGUCCUAUUCAAGUUUCAUACUCCACCGACUAUUCACCAUCUCACCGCACGUGGCACCAAACUCUCAAUGCGCUCGGCGUGAAGACCAAUCCCGCCCACGUUGCCGGCUCCAAUGUCGGUGUCUGGACCAAUGUCAAUGCCGUCGAUCCGCGGACGGCGAGCCGCUGCUACUCGACGAGCUACUGCUCAUCGCCCGCCCCCAAUCUGCACAUCCUGACCGAGGCCACGGCACAGGAAGUCGUCCUCGAUAACAGUUCAGGCGCAUACGUCGCCACAGGUGUGCGCUUCACGCAUCGUGGCGAGGAACAUGUCGUCUCAGCCACGCGCGAGGUGAUUCUGUCCGCGGGCAGCGUCAAAUCGCCUCAACUUCUCGAGCUGUCCGGCAUCGGCAACCCUGCCGUGCUCGACAAGGCAGGCAUCCCGCUCAAAGUCGAUAGUCCACAGGUGGGGGAAAACCUUCAGGACCAUCUCAUGCUCGCCAUGAUCUUCGAGGUCGAUCCUGCGUUGGAGAAUCCCGACCAGCUCAAGACUGACACAUCCCUCGCGGAAAAGGCCAUGGACAAGUACCUGAGGGACCGCAAUGGACCCCUCACCGUGCUGCCCUGCUCCAUCGCGUAUGUGCCGCUCAAGAAGCUUGCGUCGGCAGAGUAUUUGGCUUCGCUAUCCACCAAGGCGGCCAAGCUGAGCACGGGCGAUGCGGACAAGCGGGCCAUCCUGCACAAUCGCCUCGAUGGCACGGCCAAUCUCGGGCAGAUUGAGUUCAUCUUUGAUCUCGGUAACUGGAGCACGUUCUUCAAGGGCGAAGAUGGUAAGCAGUAUGGCACGAUGCUGCAGAUUCUCCAGUACCCCUUCUCGGUCGGGUCUAUCCACAUUCGCCCUGGCAGGUCCGGAGCGCCAACGGCGGAGGACAAACCGAGCAUUGACCCGGCGUACUAUGCCGGGGAGAAUGGCAGCCUUGACGUCAAGGUCAUGAAGGAGUGCGUCCGGUUCGCCAAGAGCAUUACCACAACUGCACCGCUGGCUGGGAUCAUCCGCCAGCCCGUCUCUCCCGAUGCGUCAACAUUAGAGAGCGAAACCAAGCUGCAGGAGUGGAUCGUGCGCAACACAGUCACUGAUUGGCAUCCCGUGGGAACGUGCGGCAUGGGCGGGCGAAAGGGGAUCAAAGGCGGCGUCGUGGAUGAACGACUGCGCGUCUACGGCGUCCGAGGGCUCCGCGUGGUAGACGCCAGCAUCAUGCCGCUCCAGAUCAGUGCCCACUUGCAGGCUACAGUCUACGCCAUCGCCGAGAAAGGAGCACAUAUGAUUCUCGAGGAUCUCAAGGCGUGAUUGACGGACCGAUUCAAGGCGCUGACAAACUGAGGGCACUUACUGAACGGUGUUCUUCGUACGUAACUACUUCGUACUACCUUGAGUGGUAAGCACCAGGUAUGACUAGACCACGACCGUGCGCCCGGGCGUUGCGAGACAUUGGACAGGGAUCAACUGGUGUCUCGACACGCGAGCGAUACAGUACAAAGUACGUAUUGGGAUUGUGACGUUGAGUUUGAACUUGCACGUCCUGCGUCAUGGUAUCUGGUGGUGCUGUAUACUAUAUGAC